UCGGUGCAUGCAUUUGUCCCCAUAGUCCCUUCAUCUAAAUUUCAUAUUUUUUGUGGUGUUUUUCAUGCUUAUUUAUUAUCUUCAUUUAUUUUAUUUUAAAUUUUUUUUGACUCACUUUUUAUUUAUGGGAAAAGAAAUUUUUCCACUGGGAUGUGCUAACUUUUAGUCUUUAUAUUAAUGGUGAUUCCGUAAUUUUGCUUCUUGAAUUCAAUGUUGUUUUUUUUGUUGUCUUAUGUUAUGUUUUUUCUUUUAUAUUUAGGUUUUUAUGCUGUUGGUGAUAUCUAAGUAAGAAAAUAGUGAUGGCUGAAAUUACUAUGAAGAAUCAACCGUCAAAGCCACACUGGUGGUGGCUUGAUGAGCACACCUCCGCUAGAAGAUCACCAUGGCUUCAAUCUACACUCACUGAGCUGAAUGAGAAGACAAAGGCAAUGUUGAAGUUAAUUGAAGAAGAUGCGGAUUCCUUUGCUCAACGAGCGGAGAUGUUUUACAAGAAGAGACCCGAGCUUGUGAGCAUGGUUGAGGAUUUCUACAAGAUUCACCGUUUGUUAGCUGAGCGGUAUGAUCAAGUUCGGCCUGAAGCUGGAACUCGCCUGCUUCCUCCUUCUGCUUGCUUGAAGCAUUCUCAAUCAGAGAAGUGGACGAAUUUUGAUUAUCGCUGUUAUGAUAGCUAUUCUGAGAAUUGUGAUGUGGAGGAAUCUGUGGAAUCGGAAAUUGAUGAUCCUGAGCAAGAAGGGGAAGUUCGGCCUGUGGCUCCAAAUGAAGUGAUGAAGUUGUUUGAAAGAGUCGGUGAAGUGAAGAAGACUGAUAAGGAUCAAAUCAAGCAGAAAGAUGACGUUCUUGAUGAAGUAAUGAUGUUACGGGAAGAAAUUGAUCGACUCAGAAAAGAAAAUGAAGCAUAUAAGAACGAACUCGCGCAGAAAAAUACCACUUAUAAUGAAGUAGUAACAAAUUUGAGGGAAGAAAUUGAACAACUCAAGAAAAUUAACAAAACAACGAAGGAUGAAAUUCAGCAGAAAAAUAUUACCCGCAGCGAAGUAAUGAAGUUGAAGAAAGAAAUAGAGCGACUCAGAAAAGAGAAUGAAGCUCAAAAGGAAGAACUCAAAAAGAAAGAUUCCAAUAGCAAUGAAGUAAUGAAGUUGAGGGAAGAAAUAAAGCGACUCACAAAAGAGAAUGAAGCUCAAAAGGAAGAACUCGAGAAGAAAGAUACCAAUGGCAAUGAAGUAAUGGAGUUAAGGAAAGAAUUAGAAAGACACAAGAAAGAGAAUGAAGCUCAAAAGGAAGAACUCGAGAAGAAUGAUAGCAUUCACAAUGAAGUAAUGAAAUUGAGGAAAGAGUUAGAAAGACACAAGGAAGAGAAAAAAGCUCAAAAUGAUGAACUCAAGCAUAAAGACACCAUUCGCGAUGAAAUAAAUACGCUGAAGGAAGAGAGGGAAAGUUUUAGAGAAGAGAAUAGGACUCACAAGGAUGAUCUCAAACGGAAAGACAGUGAGAAAAUAGAGGUGAUAAGACAACUGAGUUCAACAAUAGAUUUGCUGAAACAGGAGAACAUAGAGAUGAAAAACUUCAUAGCUAAGGAAUCCGUGAAGAAAUGGAAGACACCAUUUGAGUUCGAUAAACUAAUCGAAACAUUCUCAGUGAAGUUGUUUAAGGGGGGUCCUAGGAGGAAUAAGCCAAGUGUUGUAGCUCUCUAGAUAUGGUUCAAAAAUAAAAUAUACUAUAGUAGUUCUUUGAAACAA